AUGGCACAAAAUCAGGUGCAGCACCAAAAUGGAGCGGCUUGGCCUAAUGGAGUGGUGGUAAUGUCGAUUGCGGCCGCUUUGGGUGGAGGGGCCAGCCAGUUUCCGACGAGUUCACUAUACGUGGGAGACUUGGAUUUCACUGUGACGGAUUCGAAGAGAAAUUGGAGUUCUGGAUUUCUUUAUUUGAUUCAAUUGAUCAGCAUUAUAAUGGUGGUCAAGGCUGCAAGGGGAGUCUCUGUCUCCAAUCGACUUGAAGGAGGAUUUGUAAAAAACAGAGUCUGUGUCUACUGGCUUUCUGGGAGAUGCAAUCGGAAUCCAUGCGGGUUCAUGCACAGAGAAUCACGACCACCCCCACAAACUAAGCAGACCCAUUCAGCAACACCUGAGGAAUGUCAUUACCUAAAAUCCAGCAGAAGGACCUUGAAGAAUACUAACUCUGGUACUCCCAAGAAUGGUACAGUUUUAACUAACAGAGGGGCUGGGUCCAAGCGUACAAGUGGUGAAGUUUCCCAACAGGAGGUCCUAGCAAAGAAUGGAAGAAAAAUUAAUCAGAGGGACCAAGAAGUGGUCGUAACCUCCAAUGCAAGUAUCCACUGUCAGCAGACCGUGCAAAAGGCUUUUGUCGCUGAAUCAGUUGAUUCUGAUAGAAAAUCUGUUCAAAAAAUCCAGCCGAACUUAUGCAAGUAUUGGGUUACAGCAAGUUGUGUCCAUGGCGAUAAUUGCAAGGACAUACACUCUUGGUACUGCGGAUCUGGAUUUACAUUGUUGACGAAGUUAGCGGGGCACACUAAGACCAUAACUGGAAUUGCUCUCCCUUCUGGUUCUGACAAGCUAUAUACUGUUAGUAAAGAUAAAACUAUCCGCAUUUGGGACUGCAACAGUGGUCAGUGUGCUGGUGCUGUUGAUCUCGAUGGUGAAGUUGGGUGCUUGAUUAGUGAAGGUCCGUGGUUGUUUGCUGGAUUACCAAAUGCUAUUAAGGCUUGGAACUUCCAAGUUCAAGCUGAACUGUCUCUUAGGGGACCUGUUGGGCAAGUUUAUUCUAUGGUUAUGGACAAUGAUAUGCUUUUCGCUGGAACGGAGGAAGGUACCAUAUUAGUAUGGAAAUGUGGUACUGAAACCAACAUUCCUGAACUGGCUGCAAAGAUGAAGGGACAUACUGGUGCUGUGUGUUCACUUGUACUGGGAGCUAAUAACAAGCUCUAUUCGGGUUCGAGCGAUAAUACAAUACGGGUUUGGGACCUCCAAACGUUGCAGUGUGUGCAGACCUUAAAUGGGCAUGCCGGGGAUGUAACUUCUGUCCUUUGUUGGGACAGCUACUUGUUUUCUGCUUCUCUGGACAACACAUUAAAGGUUUGGGCUGCAACUGAUAGUGGAAACUUGGAAGUGAUCUAUGAGCACAAAGAAGAACAUGGGGUUGUUGCUCUUUUUGGCAUGACAGAUGCUGAAGCUCACUCUAUUCUUUUCUGCUCAUAUAACGACAAUACUGUUCGCUUAUAUGACUUGCCCUCGUUUAAUGAAAGGGGCAGAAUAACAUUGUUUGAUCUGUCGAAUCAGUUUUAUUUGUAUUCCCCCAAGGUUUGGGACCUCCAAACGUUGCAGUGUGUGCAGACCUUAAAUGGGCAUGCCGGGGAUGUAACUUCUGUCCUUUGUUGGGACAGCUACUUGUUUUCUGCUUCUCUGGACAACACAUUAAAGGUUUGGGCUGCAACUGAUAGUGGAAACUUGGAAGUGAUCUAUGAGCACAAAGAAGAACAUGGGGUUGUUGCUCUUUUUGGCAUGACAGAUGCUGAAGCUCACUCUAUUCUUUUCUGCUCAUAUAACGACAAUACUGUUCGCUUAUAUGACUUGCCCUCGUUUAAUGAAAGGGGCAGAAUAUUUUCGAAACAGGAAGUACAAGCGAUUCAAAUUGGCAUUGGUGGUCUCUUUUUCACUGGUGAUGCAGCAGGACAGCUCUCCGUCUGGAAAUUGCUUGGAGUUCCAUGGUUCCAGCCCCAAUUGGAAAUUUGGAAUAAUGAAGGUUCCAGCCCCUGGAUUGCAGGGUUCCAGCCCCUGGAUUGCAGGGAUCCAAGAGCUGGGGCGACAGAGAAGCUUCAGCACGAGAAAGAAAUGGGUGGUAGACAAUUUCCAUCUAGCUCUAAUGUUUUUGGUUUGUCUGGUUUUCUGACUUCUUCUCUUUCCUGGCUUGCAACUUCAUCGAGGUGGGCAAUGAGGGCUUUGAGCUGGGCUUCGUGGUGGUGGAUUGCGGGUUCUCUUUCGGGAGCCAAAGGAGAAUUUCAUGGGUUUGAAUUUGGGGGGUUUUUCAGUGAGCAGGGGGGAGAAGCCGAGAAGGAGAAUUCGUGA